CGCUCACCCUGGUGCGUGUGCUUCGACACUUCGUCGUCCAACACACACUUUCAUUUCUCUCCGCGCCGUAGCAAACUAGUUAGUAGUAGCGCGAUGGAUUCCUCUCGAGGCACCCGCAUCCGCCGUCGCGUCACCUUGUUCCUCCUGCUGCUCGUCGCGUCGUCCCUCGUCGGGACGUCGCGCGCCAGGGAGGCGCAGCCGCUGCCGACCGCGGCGGCCGGCGGUGGGAGCAGGCGGGCGCCGGAGCGGCACGGGCUGUCGCUGGACUUCUACGCCAAGACGUGCCCCGCGGUCGACCAGAUCGUCGCCAGCGUCACCGCCGCACGGUACAAGGACUUCCCCGCCGCCGGACCCGCCGUGCUCCGCCUCUUCCACCACGACUGCUUCGUCGAAGGCUGCGACGCGUCCAUCCUGAUCGCGCCGACGGCGGCCGGCGCGGCCGCGAGUGCGGCGCCCACGGUGGAGCGCGACAUGGAGGAGAACAAGAACCUGCCGCAGGAGGCGUUCGACACAGUGGAGCUGGCCAAGGCCGCCGUGGAGAGCAAGUGCCCCGGCGUCGUCUCCUGCGCCGACGUCCUCGCCCUCGCCGCCAGGGACUACGUCCAGCAGGCUGGUGGGCCGUACUACCCGGUGAAGAAGGGCCGGAAGGACAGCAAGGUGUCCCUGGCGGGGAAGGUCCGCGGCAGCCUGCCCCGCUCCAACUCGACGGUGGACGAGCUCCUCCGCGUGUUCGCCGGCAAGGGCCUGGGCACGGCGGACCUGGUGGCGCUCUCCGGCGCGCACACCGUGGGCUUCGCGCACUGCGUCCACGUGCUGGGCCGCAUCUACGACUUCCGCGGCACGCGGCGGCCCGACCCGCUCAUGGACGCCCGCCUGGUGAAGGCGCUCCGCAUGUCGUGCCCGUCCUCGGGCGGCAGCGCCCGCGUGGUGGUGCCCUUCGACGUGAGCACCCCGUUCCAGUUCGACCAUGCCUACUACGCCAACCUGCAGGCGCGGCUGGGCCUGCUGGGGUCGGACCAGGCGCUGUCCCAGGACCCGCGGACCAGGGCGAUGGCGCAGGAACUCGCCGGCAACAAGACGCGCUUCUUCCAGGCGUUCGUGGCCAGCAUGGACCGGAUGGGAUCCAUCCGGAUCAAGAAGGGCAGGAAGGGGGAGAUCAGGAAAGUCUGCAGCCAGCACCUGCUUGCAGUCUGAUCUCCAUCGUCGUCGUCCCCGGCUUGUAUCCGACGAUCCCGUACGUCGUCGGUCAGUGUCAGUUGAUCAGCGAGUGGCAGCAUAUACAGGAAAAGAUAGCUCGCGUUUGGGGAGCUCCUUUGCAUUGCGUGAUGAUUAGUGCUUAGUUUAGAGCAGCUAUCUUUGCUGUAUAUGGCAGUUUAGAAAGUAGCUUUUCAGGUUUUUGUGUCGCGUGUUUGUGCAGGAAAUGCAGGUGUCUAGGCAGGCCUCUCUCUUCUGUCGUGUGCUUUCCCUCUUGGUGUGCUCUCCUUGGGCGUGCCAAUUACACGCCUGCUUUUGUGAUUGUGAGUGCGAGCGUGAGUGUGUUCCAUUUGUUUGAUUAGACUGCAGAGUGCAGAGCAGAGAGUACGUGUGUGCAAUGAGCAGAGAGUACGUGUGUGCAAUGACCAA